AAUUUUACAGUUAAAGAUUUGAUAUAUUAUUAUUUAUAUAAUGUCAUGGGACUGAUAAUGGUAAUAGUAAUAGUGCAACUUCACUGUUAGGCGUUGAAUAAAACUUAAAUACAAAACGAAAAUAUUGUCCACGUAACACUGUAAAAUGAGCCUAGUGCACCAACAAUACAUUAUCAACAUAUUGCGUACAUUAAGAUAUUUAUUUAAAGUGGUAAUUACUAAUAAUUGAAAUUUCAAUAUCUUUAAAUGUAUUUUUAUUAACGUGUGGCAACAUUCGUGUCGUGGCAAUCAUUCAAUAUGAUCGGUGUGGUCAAUAAUAAAAAUAAUCAGCAAGACUUGGAUGUUCAGAUCACAACGAUAUUAAAAAUACGAAUAUUUUUUGGUUUCUAUCAUAAUGUUUUUGAGAACAGUAUAAUUUUAAGGCUCCUAUUAAAGGUCAUUCUAAUAGUUUUUGGUGCGGCCAUUUUGUAUACGGGGACACAAAGCAGAUCAAAAGAAUUUUCCAAAUUGAAUCACUUUAUAAAAGCCUUAGAAUACAUUACAUACUUUGUAUUGACGUUAACAACUGAAAAUAGCUACCUUCUUCGUUACUUUCGUCAUGAUCCCAUCAUUGAUACUAAGCGUUCAAAUCAAGCGUACCAGCAAGUUGUAAAGUUUACGCUCUCAUUUCUUCUCCUCACUAUAGUUUACUACGUUGCUUUGUAUAGCGUUGUUACUUACGCUAAAUAUGUGUCAAAUUCAGGAUAUGUCCUCGAAUACAUAUCUUUAAUUUUUUUUCGAUUAUCUAGUGAAUUAGGAAGAAUACCGGUGCUGAUGGUGUUGCUGUUGUUCUAUUACCGAAUGAAACUGUUUAGCUCUUUUGUACAAGAAGCAGCUUUGAAUACAACAUCGACAUUCAAUUUGAAGAGGUACAUAGUGAUGUAUUCGCGCAAUUUGGAUUCCCUUAAGGAAACCGAUGGAUGUGUAAAACCGAUGAUAUUUGUCCAUCUCAUAUCCAGUUUUGUAAACACGUUGGUCCUGUUUUAUAACGUUGUGAUAACAUUGUACAAGAGUGUAUCAUCACUCGACACACUGUCUUUUUUGAUAGGAACUUCUAUCCAAAUUAUAUACAACUGUUUAAUAUUGUUCAUUCCGUCAGUAAUAAUUGAGCUUAUUACAAAAGACUUGGAGGCACUGAAAAAUGAUUUGGCUGACAAAAUUUUGACUUGCGGAGAUCGGAGAAGACGUGAACAGUUGAGAAUGUUACAACUGUAUCUCCAUGACAAACCCUUCACAUAUACGUUAUGGAGAUCCAUUCAAGUCAACUCGAGACUUCCUCUCAAGUUUCUGUCUCUGGUUGCUACGUGUUUAAUCUGUAUGUUGCAAAUAUCGGUUAAGAACAAAUAAUUUGUGACAACUUUAUAAUUAUUUAAAUUGAAUUUAGAUCUGUCUCUGGUAUUAUUUGUUUAUACAAGAAAAGGCGACAUGUUAUGGAGAAGAAAAACUAUUCCACUAAAGCUUAACACGACUACGUUCCAGCGUCCUGUUUAUAUACUAUUAUGUGUAUCUAUAAAGUUACUAUUAAAAACGAAGAUAUAUGUCAUUUUAUAAGAUGCUCGCUGGCACAUGUGUA